CGGGACUUUGCAUCAAGGCAGAAACCAGUGUAGUGACAAUAAUAAUCCCAUUUAUUUACAUAGCUCCGAAGGUAUCGUUGCCACUUUCCAAUAAAACAAAGGCAGAUUCUUCAUUGGCAGAGGGCGGAUCGAAGGACCCAAUCAGUUUCUUCCGUCCCUAACUUCUGUGAAUCUCAGAUAAAUACCCGACUUUGGCGAGAGGGGAGUGGGGGAAUCUCCCAUCUCCAUUAGACACUCAGCUCCAAGUUCGAGACAACAAGCGUUUUCUCUCCAGGCCCCGGAGGAAGGAAAUCAGAGCAUCUGCAGAGAAAGAAGAAGCCAUUGAGUUGUUUUGAAUGAAAAUGUUAUUGGGUUGUGGGGUUUUUUUAGAGGAUUGAUCUAAAAAGGAAAGUGAGGAGACAAGAAAGGGAGACAUAAGACAUUGGCCUGCUGCUGUCUGACUGGCAGAUUCCAGUUAACACCUUAUCAGCAGAGCAGCAGGCAGCAGCAAAUCCUCGCCUGCUGAAGCUCCACAGCGAAAGAAAGAGGGGAGGGUGUUCUGUAACCAGGGACGACAACAGCAACACUCCACAGAGCUACCGGGAGGAUAGAGAGAGAGGCACAUACACACAGAUCCUGCACAAUAACCUUCCUUACCAGGCUGUGCAAGCAAGGGCAAGGGAGGAAAAACAAAUCAACCUGCAGUGUUUAAUUUUUUAUUAAGAGAAACCAUGACUGAAAUGUAACCACAGCUCUGGUCGCUGCAAAAAAAGCCGAACCCCAAAGCCCUCUCUCCAAGUGGAAUGUAGCAAUUCUGUUUAUUAGCGUUAUUCUUCAGUUGAAGAGCGGGGUAAAAUCCUCCAGGACUGAAAUCCUAUCUCCCAGUAAGGUUGGAGCACCACAAAAACAAAAGCAAUUCUCCCCUGUACCCCUUACUCCAUUGCUGCUGCUGCUUUUUUGUUUUUUAAAGAAACAUUGUUCUAGGAAGGAGAGGAGAUUGGAAGAAGAACCCAAGGUGAUUUUGAAUUUUUUUUUAAAGUCAAGGUAAACCUUCUGAUGACCCCUCAGUGAAAGAGGGGGAGUUACAAGGCAAUAUAGUGAUUGAUGUACUGAGUGAUCUGGAGGAAGAGCUGCUGGGCAAUAAUGGGGAAAUCCAACAGCAAGUUGAAGCCUGAAGUUGUGGAAGAGCUGACCAGGAAGACCUACUUUACAGAGAAGGAGGUGCAGCAGUGGUACAAGGGCUUCAUCAAGGACUGCCCCAGCGGACAGCUGGACGCCGCUGGCUUUCAGAAGAUCUAUAAGCAGUUCUUUCCCUUUGGCGACCCAACGAAAUUUGCAACCUUCGUUUUUAACGUCUUUGAUGAAAACAAAGAUGGGAGGAUCGAGUUUUCGGAGUUCAUCCAGGCGCUGUCGGUCACUUCCCGAGGGACCCUGGAUGAGAAAUUGCGGUGGGCCUUUAAACUGUACGACUUGGACAACGACGGGUACAUCACGAGGAACGAGAUGCUGGACAUCGUAGAUGCGAUUUAUCAGAUGGUGGGAAACACGGUAGAGCUUCCAGAAGAGGAAAACACACCUGAGAAGAGAGUGGAUCGGAUUUUCGCUAUGAUGGACAAGAAUGCCGAUGGGAAGCUAACGCUGCAGGAGUUCCAGGAAGGCUCCAAAGCCGACCCGUCCAUCGUACAGGCCCUGUCCCUCUAUGACGGACUCGUAUAGUCCCGGGAUCCCAAGCUGAGGUUAUGGCGAUACCCGGGUCAUGGAAGCACAAGAGUUUUUGGCCUAUCACAAGCUGUGGAAACCAGGAAGGCUUUUCUCCCCAGUCUGUGUCCUCUCUUUACCACCACGCAGUUACGGUGGAAGUUCUCCGAAUCCUGUUCCAGAGGAAAGAAGAGUCAGCAGGUAUUGUAACUUUCUGGAGCACAGCCUGCUUCCUUUUCUUUUGGUGUGAAACGAGAGGGCAGUGCUCUACCCUCACUCUCAUCAGUGUGAGCAACUGCAUCUGCCCUGCAUUUUGCAUUUAAUACCCCAGUAGCUUUUCUUUGGGUGGGGCUGGAAGUUAUUUCUCAUUGUAUGGUUAUCAUGACGUCCUUCAUCCUUCCCAGCGAGGUCACCCACGCUUUCCAGAGCAAUAUUUUCAGCUACUGGGUCACAAAUGUAGCUGGUAUAAAUCACUCCACUGACUUCCAUGGAGCAACUCAGAUCGACAGCAGCUUGAGGACUGAUCCCUGAUGUGUGGGCAGCAUCGGGUGGGAGGCCUCCUGGCCCACAGAACACCAAGCCGGAAGGCAUGGGCUGUGAUCAGCACAUUGAAGCUGUCUGCAGUAGCCUCAGCCAGCCCAAGGUCCAACCAGCAAAUCCAGGAUUUUAAACAGCAGAGGUGGCAGUGGGGGGAGAAUUAACUCCAGGUGAACCGUACGUGUCAAUGUUGGCACCAAGGCUGGGAUUUUCAAAUCCAUUGGCACCGAACUCCUAAUUCCCAACCCUAGUGCAGAGUGGCCAUCUAUCUAUGGUGGCUAUUUAUUCCCCACCCCCUGAGCCAGCACUAGUAAAGAGCUCUCGUUUUGUCCUGUGGCUGUGUUCCAUUGGUAACAAUCACACAGAGCACCCAAACGCCAUCCCCUUCCACCCGUUUCUCUCACGGGUAUCGGAAAAGCACAAAGUGUGGGAAGCAGCAUGAUCUAUUUUGUUGCUUGUUAAGCUGGGCUGCCAGAGCUUGAUUUGUGUGCGCAUCCGGCUUGCGUCCGUCCAGACGGAACUGAAGGCUUUGUAAAGACCUUGGUCAAUAUGCUGCGUAACAGACCCAGCUCCAGAUCUAGCUUGAGGGCUUGGGGAUGACUCAUGCAUUAGCAGGUCGAGAGAGAGAGAUUUUCGGGGGAGGACCACAAAACUGCAUAUUUUUGUUCCCCUCAAAGGCACCAGUCAUGCAGUGAGGCCGGAGACUGUCCACUGAUGGGUUGCGAAUCCCAUGGAGUGCUUAGCUUGGCUUGAAAAUGUGGUAGAAAAGUCAGUUUCCCCUCUUGUUCUAUUCACCAGGUAGGCUGCAUAUUCUGGAUCAGCUCUACAAUAAGUGAUUCCGCCAGAUAGAGGCCUCGAGCCAGAAAAGCACAUGCUUAGGUCCACCUUUAUUCAGGAAAUCACUUAAGCGUGUGCUUAAUUUUCAUUCCUAAAUAGAGAUGAGUCCCUGGAUUGGGGCUUGAAUGAUUUCUGUCAUUACUUAAAAUAAUAUCCAGCCUCUUCAAUGACUCCUGAUCCUGAAAGCCCCAUGGGUGGAAUGUUCUGAAACCAACCUGGUUCCCUUAGGAAAUGAUCCUGUAUGAGAAGAUGCAUAUUGUACAGAAACAGCAUCAAGACACUGCAGUUCUGUAUGGUGAGAGGUUUUGUCUUGGGGCUUUGACUAGGGGCUACUGGGGGAUUGUUUUGUAAGGUGGGACCCACUGACUGUGACACUUCUUGAGGAGACUUGAUCAGCCUUAGGAAAACUCACCAAGCAACUGCUGCGUUUUAUGGCAGGACAAAUUCUGACCUCAUAGGGACUCAUCCUGAUCCCACUAAAAUCAAUGGACCAGAUCUUCAGCUGGUGUAGAGUCAGUGGCUCCAUUGAUGUUGAUGGAGCUAUUCCAGUUUAUACCAGCUGAGGUCUGACCCACUGUGACUUUUGCAUUGACUUCAAGAGGAGCAGGACCAUAAUGUGAAUGUGUUAGAGCCCUUGCGAUAAGGGAUUUGAAGGUGUUGGAGGGCCCUGAGCUUUUCCUGGGUGCUGCUGGCUCUUUUGGGAAGCUUUGCUUGAAAUAAAGAAAGCGAGACAAGGAAUUGAACUCAUUUACCAUGUUCUCUUUAAGGGCACACAAGUUGUUUUCACACUCAAGAGCAAGGCCUUUCUCCCUUUGCAGCUGGGAGUUGGCUGGCUCCUGCUUUUCCCUACAAUCUGAUAUGUUACAGGAUGGAUGGGUGCAGAAUGGACCAGACCACCCCGGUGGUUCCAAGGGAAACUCAAUUCCCCUGCUGCUUUGUGGCCAGAAUGCCCUCAUUUUGGUAGCUCUCUGCGGUGCCGCCUGGCUCACCAUUUCUUCCCCCCAGGCUGGUCACCCUAAUACCGACUGGCAUUUAAGGUGAAUGUGACACUUCCGUAACUUCCCCUGCUGAUAAAUAACUAACCGCACAAAGUUUAUAACAGUAUCCAGGCGAGUGUGAAUGUAUUUGUUCUGGCACUUUCCUUGGAAAGGCUUUUAAGUUUGGCAGAGGGUUUUCAUCAUCCAGUUCACUGUAUGAAGGAGCCACCGUACUUCAAGGGACACUCUGUAAUCAGUCCGGCUCACACAGAACUGUUUUUUAACAAAGAGAUUGUCUUUGCCAGAUUUUCAGUAGCAGCAGCCGUCUCUAGCUCAACCUCUGGUCUGGGAGCUGCAGAGAGCCUCGGUAACUAGCACUCUCGAGUAAGCAAGGAAUCUCAGGUUUCAGCGAAACGCUUUUAUGUAACCAUCGGCAACAUGGGGGAUGCUACCGGAUUCAGUGUCUUACUCGGAGAAGCUCCAGGCUCUUUCCAUUGCCAUGUCUCUCUCUCCAGCUUCCUUCCUGUGAGCUACUAAAAAGCCCAAAAGACGGUAGUGGGUCCCACUGCCACACACAGCUAAGGGAGUAAGCGGAACGGAGCCUUGGGCCUAGGAAAGACAGCUGUGUUUGUCAGGGCGAGUGAGUCCAGAUGGGGCAGGAGAGAAGUGUUGGGUUUGAGCUCAUGAGGGCUUCAACUGGUAGGGAGCGCGGAAGAGAAACGUACCGCCCAGCAACACCCAAGCUCUGGCUGUUCCAGUCCACCCCGCCUCCCCUAGAGCUGCACCUGAGGUCUUCGCCACAGCCCUUCCUGACCAUCAGUGAAAGAUGACUUCUGCUCGGCAAUUUUUGCUGACCCUCUGGGUGGUCGCCAACUGCCGCCUUCAGGACGGUGCAGUUCCCUAGCCCAGGGUCAUUGUCAGACCCCUCUGUUCUUUUAAUAUUUGCAAAUUAAAAACAGAAGAGUUUUUGAGUGAAUAAAAAGCUUUGGUUGAUUAAUAAAGAGCCUGUUUAAUCUUCUCUUUUGUAACAGUGUACGUUUUCCCUUGUGGACAGGCAAGUCUGUUGCUGGAGCCAGACGUUACCUGCAAGGCUGUUUGAGAACUCAGCAACAGUGUAUUUUCUCCCUGAGGGGCAGCGUGUUCCAGUGGGGAGGGUACGAGGCUGGAACUGGUGAGACCUGGAUGCUAGUUGUGCCUCAACUCUUGACUCACUGAGUGGCUUUGGGCAAGUCACGUAGCCCAAACUUUUCAAACGUGGCCAAUGAUUUUGGGAGCCUGACUUUGAGAUGCCUUCAGCCUUGUUUUCAGAAGUGCUGAGCAUCCACCCCUCCAGCAGAAAGCCACGGGACCUGCAGCUUCUCAGCACCCCUGAAAAUAAGACAAAAGGCAUCUCACCUGAGAAAACGUUGGCCUUAACCUCUCUGUGCCUCAGUUUCCCAUCUGUAAAAUGGGGUUGACACCUACCCAGUCUUGUAAAGUGCUUUGAGAUCUACAUAUAAAAAUGCUGUCGGAGCGCUAAGUAUUAUGUGACUUAUUUAUUAUUAGUGAAUCGAUUUUGCACGGGCUCCAGAAAAUGAAACACAAAGGAACCAUGAGUAACGGGGAAAUCACUUCCUCCUGGUUUUGGAAUAUUCAGUUUAUUUCACCAAGUCAUGACCUUUUAAAAAAAUAUCUGGGUCAUUAUUAAAAAACAACAACGGCAACUGAUGUAUUUGUUUUUGUGAUGUUUUCUGCUCAACAUUUCCCGAAAUGUUCCUGGACUAAAGAGAGAAGAGUGGUGCAGCUGUGACGUUUGAAAAAACAACCAGUACUAGAGUCUGCGGUGCAUGGCCAGCCUCUGAUAACUUGCUUUCUGGCACUAGAUGUUAUCUGUCACUGUCAGUGUUGCAUAGAUUAAAAUGCGGGAUCUGUACUUUUCUUUUGUUUUCUUUUUCCAUUUGUGUGAUAACUCUUGCCGUUUUAUAUCACCUUUCCCUGUAGCUCUGGGUCUUGUCUGGGCUUGGCUGUUUCCUCCAGAAGGAAAAAAAAUUGCAAUUCUGGGGGCAAAGUCUGACCAAUAAUAAUAAGUUUCCAUCAUACAAGACAGAAGGAGAGGGAGACGUGAAGGUUUUUUCCUCUUGACUAGUCAUUUAAUUACAAUGAUCUGUAGCACAGGCAAAAGCAGCUAUAUACAGCUAUUCCCUUGUGAGGGGUUAUAGCCAAACUUGUUAUUUCAUUUUUGAUGGCCUUUGAGAAGUGUUUUAGAGCU